GUUUGAUUAGGACUCGAGGUUAUUAAAAAUGAAGAUUUUGUUCCAUGCUUUUUCUUUGUUUAUUACUGUAAUGAAAGUUUCUUUUUUCUGGUGUUAAAUGAUUAGGGAUUGGUUUAUUUCCUUAACAUAGUGUGGUAUGCUUACGUCACAGGUUUAUCUUCAAUGCCUUCAAAUCCUGUUUAGAUUCCAAAGGCUCCCUUCCAAGUUAACAUAGUGGAGUAUGUUGUAAGAUAUACAAAGAGGAGAGGAGAGUAAUAAUAAGUUCUCGAGUUUGAGGCCUUUUUGAUUCAUUUUCCAUUGUGAUCCAAAUCAUGCCUCUGUAUGAGUUAUACCGGCUUUCUAGAGAGAAGCUUGAUGAAGAGAUUAAUGGCACACGUGCAACUGAUCAGUCUCAAUCUUCCUCGUCUCGGAUUCAAAUACUGGAUAUAUAGCCUUUUACCAGAAAAGUGAAGAGUUCAUACAACUACUCAUUGCUGUUGUGUUUUUCUUUUGGGUCAGUCUAGUAGAGCUAAGAAGAGUCCACCUCGCCGGAGCUUACCGUCUCACUGCUUGCCAUCUCACAGUCCCAAGGGUAGAGACAGAGAUGCAGGGUAUGUUAACAAUUCAAGGGUAGGGAAGUCUGGUGAUUUAGACACCGGAUUGAAUGAAAUUUCGAUGUCAGUGCCGUCGACUGAAGUGGAUUUGGGUCAUGAUGAUGAUGUCAUACCUUGGUUGGAUUAUACAAUGGAUGGCUCUUUGCAGAAUGAGUAUGGUUCUAAUUUCUUACAUGAACUAUCCGGGGUCACGGAUCAAGACUUGCCCUCAAAUCAUUUUUCGCUUGUGGAUAAAAGUAGUGGUAAUCAGGUAUUUAGGGACUCUCAUAAAAAUUCUGCAGAGCAAAGCAACUUUUCCAGUGUUUCUUCGACCGGCGUAGAUGAGACAACUAGACCUAAAGCUAGCACGGUUGAAUCAUACCUGCCAUCAUCAUUCAUUUCAGUUAGACCAAGAGUAUCGGGUGUUACUGCGAACGAUACCAGUAAUGCAAUGCUUCAUCCACCAGUUACCGAGAUUCCUUCUUCAUCGAGUGAUUUUUCGAGCUUAAAGAUGCAGAAGCAAGAUCAAGUUAUUCCUAGCAAUGGUUCAUCUGUUAUGAAUUUCUCCCAUUUUGCAAGGCCUGCCGCCAUCGUGAGAGCUAAUCUUCAGAACAUUGGAUUGAAGUCUGUUUCGUCUUCAACAAGAUCUGAAAAUGUGGAAAGUAUGAAUAAAGGUGCUGUUGUACCUAGCAGUAAUCUUCCAGAAUCAACUCUUGCCGAUUCAUGUAGUGAAUGUCCAAAGGUUCUAAUGGGGAACAAUGAGAAGGCUGUGGAACAAUCCAGGGAUGAUUUGAAACUGUUGGAGUCAAAAUCUCUCGAACAGAACAUUGCCGGUUCUAAACAAUUAGACCCUACUUGCAAAGAGAAAGCCAUUAAAAUUGAUCAAACUUCCAACCGAGCUCUUGGUGAAACUGCCACUAACACACAGAUAGCUGUUGAAAGAAGUACGGAGCUGGUGGUAGCCUCUUCCUCUGUUGGCUCUGGCAACUGUGCAGACAGAGGUUCAGACGAUCCAAUUCAAAAUUUGAAGCGGAAAAAUCGAGACACUGAGGACUCUGAAUGGCAUAGUGAUGAUGUUGAGGAAGAAUCAGUGGGUGUUAAAAAAGCAGCUGCUGGGCGUGGAGCUUCGGGUUCCAAGAGAAGUCGUGCUGCUGAAGUGCAUAAUCUUUCUGAAAGGAGGCGAAGAGAUAGGAUCAACGAGAAGAUGCGUGCAUUACAAGAACUCAUACCCAAUUGCAAUAAGGUGGAUAAAGCUUCAAUGCUGGAUGAGGCUAUUGAGUAUCUUAAAACACUUCAGCUCCAAGUUCAAAUGAUGUCAAUGGGAGCCGGUUUAUAUAUGCAUCCGAUGAUGUUGCCACAUGGAAUGCAGCACAUGCAUGCACCACACUUGGCUCCUUUUUCGCCUAUGGCCUAUGGAAUGCAAAUGGGAUUGGGUAUGGGAUAUGGCAUGGCUAUGCCUGAUAUGAAUGGUGUAUCAUCUCGAUUCCCAAUGGUUCAGGUUCCCCAAAUGCAAGGAACUCAUGUCCCUGUUGCACAAAUGUCUGGAGCUACUGCAAUGGUUAGAUCAAAUACUCAAGGGUUCGGGGUUCCAGGUCAGGGAUUUCCCUUGCCACUCCCUCGUGCACCCUUAUUUCCUUUCUCGGGAGGGCCGGUUAUGAACUCAUCGUCGGCUUUGGGAUUACGUCCUUGUGGAGCAACAGGGCUUAGUCAAACUGCGGAUCUGGCGUCAACAUCUGGCUUAAAGGACCCUUCGCCAAAUACGGAUUCACUAGUUAAGCAAAGUACUGGUGGUGGCGGCUGCGACUCAACUAGUCAGAUGCCUACCCAGUGUGAAGCAGCACCAACUGUUGGAUUUGAACAGUCACCAAUGGUACAUAAUAGCAGCCAUACCUCUGAGGCUAAUGACAGUGGAACUCUUAAUCCUGACAAAGAAGAUAAUAACCUUGUGACUGGUUAUGAUGAUUGAUACUCCGAACUAACUAAGGCUAGUUAAAGGGUGCAUUUUCAAGUUGAGAUAUUUGAGGGAAAUGGAGGGGAAGGACUACAUUGAAGAGUAAAGUGGAGUUUAUUUUUACUCUUCAAGUUUUUUCCUUCUCUUUUAAGACUCCAACUCACAAACACGCAUAGAAGAUCCCAUGAUUCUAGAGACGUUUCUGGUCUUCACAAGUUAAAUGUAGCAUACCACAAGAAAAUUUCAGUCAUCGAGGUUGAUCCAUUACAAUAAUAAUUUGGAAAUUGGAAGCCUAAAUUUUUGGACUUAGAAAAUGAAGAGAAAAGAGGUUUUGGUAUCAUUGGGGGGAGGACACUCAUUUGUAUAUCCACUUAGCGAGCUGUUCUAUUCAAUUGACUCUUCAACAUGUUAUUUUGUGUAAUCUUACAAAUGUGAAUUCAAAUGUUUUGUUUUCAUAGUGAUUCUUUUGGAUAAAUGAAAUAAUCGGUUUUUCUUUCUUGGCAA